AUCCGCUUUGUGGCCUGCAUUGUUUAUGUUGCUCGCGUUAUUCCAAAACAGUGUCCAAGGGUGUUUUGUCUGGAGUAUUAAGGAUCACUCUUUAAAGGUGUGCAUAACUAUUUUGUUUUAAAAUACAUUUUAGUCUAAUUGAGAGAUUACAUUCCGUAUACCACAAAAUAAUACCUGCUUGAUAUUGGCAUUGAUUUCAAAUUAUGGUCAUGUGAGUAUGCUGCUAUGCAUGACUGACGACGAUGAUACUGAUUCAGUCGGUGAUUGAAGUCAUGGCUAGAACCUGGCCUGGAGCUCUUUUCAUUUUAAAACUUUAGCCUGAAUUUAUGGCAUCAGCUCAGUAUGUUACAUUACAUGUCUGAGUUAUAUUUUAUUGUUAAUUGAGAGGUGACUUGCUUUAACUUUAGUAGUCACUUCAUAACUGUGCCGUGUGAAGUGAGAAACAAAAAGGUAAUUUACCACUUGAGCGUCGGCCAAGAAAAAAUCCAGUUGUUCCGGUUGGAAGGGCUAUUUAAACAACUAUUCUUACAUUGGAGUCUGUUAAUAUUUUUGCUAUCAUAUAGAGGCUAUAAAGUUAUAUACCGUAGCACAAUAAUAAUACAUUUAAAUAAUUAUUACUGCCAAGCUACCGAUAUGCCAGGAAGAAAAAGAGACAACAAUUAUUUUUUUUUGAUCCAGAUGAUGCGGAUGUCCACACACAGAAUGUGGAAAACGUGAAUGCUCAGAAAGCGUAAACUGAAAAGACAGUUUGGCACAAGAAUUGCCGCUGAUCUUUCCCCUUCAUAUUUACGUGGAUUCAUGUACCACAACCGUUUUCGUAGAAAUGAUAUUUUUUUAAACUUCAUUGUCAACUUGGGGGAGAACUAUGCAUAAUUCCAUUUUCACAGAUUAUCUUCUAUUUCAAAAAAAUUGUGAUAGUUUUUCUAUUUUAAAAAAAUUGUCUAUUAUGGGAAUGAAUACGUACAACCAAUGUCAUUAAAAAUAAUAUAAGAAAAGUUGUUUAAAUAGCCUUUCCAACCGGAACAGCUGGAUUUUUUCUUGGCCGACGCUCAAGUGGUAGAUUACCAAUAAAAGUGUGUGGGCAUAGUGGGUUUAUCUUCAUCAAAACUUUUGAACCCUGCUUAGAAGAAUGCCAGUAUUUUUUGAGUACCCUGUCUCAGCAUCACUUAUGACUUCAUCAAAGAGGGAUAUAAUCCGUGUGUCAAUGCAAGAGUUGACUAUAACAAGAAAAUCAGCCUCAUUAAAACUGGCAGUCUACACGCCUUUACUCUUUACCACUUAUUAACUUAGUAUAUUCUUCUCUUUGAACUUUUAAAAUUUAAAUGUAUGCAAGGUUGUUUUUUUUUAAAAUCAUUUUUGACAUUUUGUAGUCCAAAAGGUAUCAAAUCUUAAAUGGACUUAGCAUUUUGAAAGCUUCUGCAGCACUCCUACCUGGUAGGCUACCAGCAGAUCUCUGAGCACUGUGUGGAGUAUUUUCUAAUAUACUGAUGUCCGUUACUACACAUAUGGAGAAAAAUGUCAUCUUAUUACACAUUGUGAUAUAUUUCUUAAAGUUUGAUCUAAGUUCUCGGAAUACACACACCCCAAAUAAAUUAUUAUUUUGAUCAUCGCAGUAAAUAUAGACGAAAUAACACGACAAUACUGUAUCAAUGUAAUGAUAUUGUGAAUAGUCUAAGACUUUUGUUAAUUUUUUUUUUUAAGUUAAAGAGACACGUUAUAUGUUAUUUUAACUCCUAGGAAAUAACUCCAAAAAAACUAUCCAAAGAGUUGGUUACAUUAUAUCCCACAUGCCCCAACACCUUUGCAAUAGAAGUCAGAGCUCAUAGUAGAGCUGGAAAGAACAAAUACUGCAUGAACAAUGGCUUUUAUGUCGAAAAAAUUGGCAAGCAAGAUUUCGUUUAGAAUUAAGGCUUGCUAUGACUUCUUGUGAUUGGUCAUUCUGAAUAUUUGUCAUCUCCAACUAACUACACUUCAUGGAGUAUCAACUGUUUUGUUUUUUGUGAUUUUUCACUAGUAUAUAUAUGAAAAAAUUAGCUAUGAAGUGGACUGAAAAUAGUUUGUCAAUCUGAAAUUACUUUGAGGAGCAGUUUGGAGUACAUGGCAAACAGGAGACAAGUCCUGGGGUGAAGUGUGGGCUAUCAUCCUAGGCCCUCACCUUUGCAAUAAAUAUGUAUUUAUUUCUUAGCCAAAAAAAAAUACAGGAAAGCCAUUCCCAAGUUUUCCUACAGGACUUGCUUCCUGAUUGUAAAAGCUAAAUGACCGGGUUUCUAAAACCGACAUCUGUUUUGUUUGAAAAUACUGGUAUUAACAUCCCUAUUCCGAAAAAAACUUAUUGUGUUACUUUAUGUUUUAAAAAGGAAAGACUUGAAUAGGUUAUUGCUAAAUUGAGAUAAACUAAACUAAUUAGAUUUUAUGUUAUCAAAAAAAAAAUUAAUAAAUAUUAUUAUUCUUAAUAGUCCCAAAAAAUUGUUGUUUUGCAGAUGCUGAAAAGUUGUCUAUAAUUUAAUCAACAUACAAUUUUAAUUUUCUUUACAUAGUUUAUCCAUUUCAAAAACCUUUUUUAAUAAAACCACAUAAAAGGAUUUAAUUGAAUAGACAAAGCAGGUGGGUAGUGGCUACGUUCAUGCUGAUUAUUCUAUUUACACAGCAUUUGAUGAAGGUGUUCCUAGGCAACUGUUUCAUCCCAGCUUCUUUGCAAAUUAGUCGCAAAGAAGUAGAAACCCACUGUAGAAAUCCCUAUUAAAGGGCGUGUGACGCUUCCCCAGGAUGGGAGGGGGGGGGGGAGAGUUUAGAACUAAAUAUACCAUCCAUACUCCCUGGGAAAAUCGACUGAUGCUGUGAGAGCAUCGUCACCUUCCGACCCGUUGUCCUUGCGCUGGGAUGGCCUCUGUUAGUACCCAAUCGAGUGGAUGCUGGUGUGGGCUGUCCUGGCAAAGGGAGAUCUCUAACGUGCCGCUUUGCAGCCCAAUCCUCAGGCUAGAGAUGGGGUGCUUUGGGGAGAGCAUAAAGAGUUUGGUACUAGCUCAACGACCCACUGACGCCAUUUAUUAAUGUACAGAGCUUAUUCUUAAUAAUAAUAUAUGCUGAUUGUACAUGAGGGAUAAAACUAUUUAUGACUAGGAAACUCUGCUACAAACAGUUUAAUACAUUGAGCUAUAGUGAACUCUUAACUCUGCUCUAAAACUACCACACACUUAUUUAAUGGAGUUUUAGGAAAUCAUGCAGAAUUAAACUUAAUAAGCUCUUAUCGACAAAACUAAUUUUAAAUUUCAUAAUUUUAGGAAGGUAAUUAAUAAUUUAACUUUAACUGCAGGCUCAGAAUUAAAAAAACUUUAUGUAGGUUUACUCUUUCAAUACAUGUACUAAUAGUGAUCAUUUUUUUAAAUCGUUUUGCGCCAUGGCAUGAAAUUGUUUAGUUGUGUUUAUUUAUGCAUGAACUCAUAUAUUGAUUAUAUAUUAAUAAAUUUUCAAUUUUGAGUUUCUAACUGUACUGAUUACAACUGACUAACCAGGACCAAUGUCCAAAAACCUGCACUGUACUGGUAGAAAAGGGUUAAAAUGGCCGCCUUACAUAUUCUAAAUAUGAAUUUUUUUUCAAAUUGUUCACCAUAGCUGUAACCAUUUCACUCUAGUUUUUUUUUUUUUAAUGUUCCGUGUUUCAUCUCCUAAGUAUUAAUGGUUUUUCCUUUAAUAAUUGCUUUUAUAAUUUAUAUUUAUUUUAUGAUGUUUUAGCAUUAUAUCACCUCUCUUUAUAGUCAUAGCAUAAGUUACUUGCUCUAAUGAAGUCAUAUUAAGAGGUAUUGAAAGUUUCAUACUUUUUUUCUGUUACCAGUGCAGUACAUCUGUUUUUACACCUUUCAGUGCUAGCUAGGGGUGGAGCAUUCAUUACAAUUGUUUGGAUUGUCAACUGAAGUCAGGCAUGAUAUGAAUUGUAAUUGUUAUAUAUUAAAUGGAAUAAAUUUCUUUGGCAUGAUGAAGCAAAUUGUUUGUGCAUAAUAAUAAUUUAAUUUAUUAACAAAAACACUUUGAUUACUCAAAACAAAUUUAUAAUACUGGUAUAUAUUUUUAUACAAGUUCCAAUGGUUCAAAAAUUGGAGACAGUUUCAAAUUCAUGACAUCACAGAUUUUAGUUCUCUAUAUAAAGUAGUUUAUUAAUAACUCUGGGUAAAAAGUCACUUAAAAUUAUGUCUUGAAAACAGCAGUAAAACGUUUUUUAAUGUUUGAAACUCUGGACUAAUUUCAUGAUUAAUAUUGUUUUAUGCAUACAACUUUAUCUCAUCAUCAAAAUCUUGCAUUUACAUGAAAUAAAAUUUAAUUAUACUAAAAAUUAUUAUUUCAAAAUAAUAAUUUGAUUAUGCAAUGAAAUGAAAAAAAGUAUUUCUUUUGAUAAACAUUAUAAUUAAAAGCUUGACAUUAACUUAGCCCAUGCAAAGCUCCUUAUAUAUUUUCUCAUCUUCUCCCUGACCUAGAUAUCAGAACCACUCAGUCUUACCUUUGCUCUUUUUCAAGGUUCACUCUACUGUCCAGAUUGCCUUCCUAUCUCAACCACUCCCUCCCCUAUAUCUGCACAUGUAGCUUGGUUGCUCCAAAAACUCAUUUCCCUGUCCAGGUGUUAGUCAUAAAGCUUUUUUUAUUUUGGUCUGUGUAUGGUAGGUCAUGGUAAACAGACAGGUCUGGAGUUUGAUGAAAGUUGUGGUGUGUGGAAGACUUCUCAAUGUUGGUGUAACUUUGUUUAGAGGUUAAACUUUUGUUUUCUUAUUGUGUGGUGUGAGCAAGCCAUUGUUUAGGUGUUUUAGCUUCUUUUCUUGUUUUUUUUUUUAUGUUGUUAAAUUAAUGUUAGUUUUAGGAAAACAAGUCCUCCAAUUCUCGUAUAAAGCAUGUCCUUUAUCUGGGUUUUUUUUUGGUUUUUUUUACCUGUAGAUUUUCUUAAUUUUCAAGCUGCAAUUCUUGUUAAGGUGCUUUUUAAUUGUAGCAGUGGUUAUUUCUUUACAGUUUCAGGAAAUUGUGAUUAAGUAUUUUUAGUGUAUCUAUUUCCCAGGAUAUGUUUUCUUUGAUGUAAGAAGCCUAUUUGGAGUGCAGCGGCCUUUUAAUUCCUUUUCUACUGACUAAUGCUCUUUGUAUUUUCUACUGGUUAUUUAAACUGAGCAGAGAAGGAAUUAGAAAAAUGAUUCUUGACUUUUUAAAAAUGUAUUAUUAUUACUGCUGAGUUGGGGGUGAAAUUAAACUUAAAGAUUAUUAAUAAGUUUGCCUAUCUAUAUAACACAACCUAGCAGUUUUAAUUUGACUAUUAUCUGAACUCAAGUGACUUUCAAGAAUAGAACUUACUCUGUUUUUUUUUGUUGGGGUGUUUUGUGUGGUUGUUACAUGACUUGUUUUCAUUUUAUGAGUUUUCUUUUGUGAGAAUUUAGUUAAUUUGUAAUAGUCCAUUCAUAUUUCUUUACAAUGGAUUAGUACUUCCUAGCUUAACAAUAAUGAUUUUUCAAUAUGUUAACUUUGUAUUUAUAGCAUUCACAUAUAUAUAUAUAUGUACAUGCUCCACCUGUGGCUAUUUUGUAAUGCUUGAAAUAUCCUUGUUAGCGUUAACUAAACAAAAGCUGUCGCAUGGGAACAACAUUAUUUGUGAAAUAUCUUUAUACAAAAAAAAAAAAUAGUUUUGAAAAGUUUAAAAGGCUUGUUUCAAAAUUUGCCCUAUUUAAUACUGAUUUUUUAUACUCAAAGUUUCCUUUAUAACAUAUUUUAAUUAGAUACAAACUAUAUAAGUCUAUUUACAUGUAUAAGUCAAUAUGUUAAUUCUGUGCUGAGUUGUUUUUUUUUAAUGUAUAGGCAAGAAUUACUUUGCAUAAUGUGAGAUUCUCACCUACACUUGUUUGUUAACUUUAUUACAGGAGAUGGUGAUGUGGUCUUCCAACAGAAAUGGGGGCCUGUUAUUCUAAAAGUGCAUGUGACACUGAUGAACUUAACAGCUACAAGCCACCAACGAUAAAAACAAAAGACUCGAAGAAAGCCAAGAAGAAGUUCCCAGAAAAUUUUCAGGAAACUGUCCCGUUACAGGAAAGUGGUGAUGAGGACACAGACCUGGGAAUUUUUUUAGAACAAUGUCCUGGUGAAAAAAAUACAGUACCCAUCAAUCAUCAGAUAUCACGAACUUCUACACCUGAGUUUCCGUCCGAUCACACAGAUGAAAAAACAGGUGAUAGAGGGGUGGCACCCUCUGACAGUGGGGUUGAGAGCAUUGGCACAGCACCAGAGGAAUUUCUGGAACAUGGGACUUCUAAACCCGUCCCAGAUGAGCUCAAUAAAAAGUUAGAGCGCCUCAGUCGAGGCUCGUGCAGCAAAUGUGGAAAUUUCAAACUUGAUGACUCGGCUUUCACUGCCUUGUUGGCCGACACAUAUUGUUCAUGUGGGCCAAGGCAACCAGGGAAGCCAAGCAUAAACCCUCAGUGUCAGACCCACGGUCAGAAAAAGCAAAUUAUUGUGGAUAAGAAUGGGCUGAAAUCAAGUCUCAAAAAUCCCUGUCUGGCCCAGAAAGAUAAAAAUCUCAGAAUCUCUAUAAGAUCUGCCGAGCGUUUAGACAUGGCCCUCACCCUGCUGUCGUCAGCAGAGAAAAGCCGGUAUGACAUUUCAGAUAAGUGUGCAGAGGAGUACGAGCUGGCUCAGGCACCCCUGGCUCACUUUGACUCAAUUGAUACUGUCCUCAAUGACACUCCAAACCAGAGGAAUCAGAAACGGAGAAGUUUGCUCAGUGAGAUUCUGGAUAUAACUGACUCCAUCUGUAGGUGUGACUUUUACUCCAAUGAAUACUGUUGUCCACAGGCUCAUGAUGAAAAUAUAGAGUCAGAUUUCUUAAGUGUGGUUUCAGAGUCCAACCAUGAACAGUGUGUGGCAACUGAAAUGGAUAAAACAAAUUAUGAAAAUCAUGGUAAAAACAUCUUAUCGCUGCAAGAGACUGAUGAAUUAGAUUCAGACAGCAUUCAUAAUAUGGGCUCUGCAAACAAGAAGAGCACAAGCUUGCCGAAAAAUGUUUCCUUUGCAACAGCCAAGGCAGAUGAAAUAGACCCCCUUUCCCAGAAUGCAGCUCCACAGAUAGACUCCAGCAAGUCGGAGAUGUCUUCAGGCAUCUUCACCAACAGCAGCACAUCAGAGCCAUACCUACACAGAGCCAUGAAAAAAGGUGUGGAAAUUUCUUUCAUUAAGGAAAGGGGCUAUGUUGAGAUUAGCCUCAAAUUUAAAAAUUGAUAUCUUCCAAUACUAUAAGCUUUAGUUCAUUUAUAAUUUAUGUUCUUUAACUUUAAUGGGGAAUUUACUGAAAUAAUGUUUGAAAAUUUAGAUUACGAACCUUUAUGCGAAGAUAGGUACCGGGUACUGGAUCUUUAUUGAUAUAAUAAAUUUUAGUGUAAUGGUGAUGGAAUACAGAAUCCACAUUGACUAGCUGCGUCAGUUUAAGGGACCAAUGACUUAAGAGCAGGAUGACUUGGCUUGUGUGCCCUGAAUCAAUUAUAAUCUGUGCUUUUAAAAAAAUAUCUAUAAUUUAUACUUUAUGGUUUUCUUAUUAUUUUACUCAGCUGCACAUAAAAGGACAUUAUCUUUGAGUAGCAGGGGUGUUGUGCUGAGCGAUUCAAGCAGUGAGGCCCUCAAUGAUGGUACAGAAGAUGACCUGGCGAGCUUGGAUCUGGACAGCCUUAGCAGAGCUACAUCUCUGUCAUACAGCAGCAUCAGGUGAGUGCUCUCUGUUUUAUAUGUAAUUUUUUUCUUUCCUUCCAGUAAUUAUUUACCUGCUAAAAAGUAAUUAGCCAAAUAGUUCUUCUUGGUUUUUUAGUAAUCAAAGGCUUUGUUUAAACUUUGUCAUUUUCAUAAUAAAUCUUUCUUUAUUUUAAAAGUGUGUACAAAUUCCCAUAUCCAAUAAUUUUUUUAAUUUUUAUAUUAAAUCAUUUGUACGUUCCCAUAUUCAGUAACUUAUACAUGUUUCUAUAUUCAAUUCUUUUAUAUAUGUUUCUAUAUUUAAUUCUUUUGUAUAUGUUUCUAUAAUUAAUUAUUUUGUAUAUGUUUGUAAAUUGAAUAAAUUGUUUAUGCUUUCAGGCAGUUGGUGGAGAGCACAGAAGACUUGGUGUCACUGGAUAAUGCAGUGCGGAUGAAUGUUGAUGGGGUGGAUUGUGUUGUCAUUCCUAGUGAGACCUUCUGUCAAAUGCAGACUGAUCUUGCAACACUUAAACAACAGCUGCUGUGCCUGUCCUCACUCAUCCAAGAGGUGUGUGACAGGGCAGGUGCGUGCUAA